AAAGGCCUAGUGCGCUAAACCGUCUCCUACUUUUUUUUGCUCCCGGCUUUCUUGUUGCGGCCGGCGUCGCUUCUCCCGCAGGUUUGUGUGCGCGCCCUCCUCCUCUCGCGCCCGGAGCUCAGAUCGCCGCAGAUUCCUUGCCCUCCGCGCAGCGGCCUCCCCCCUGGCUCCGCGCGCCGUCUAGGGAUCCCGGCUCCUCCUCCGCGGUGACCUAUGGCUGCUCUUCUGGCGCCCGCCAUCUCCGGCGAGGUCGGUUUGCGGCUUUUACUGGCACCACUAAGCUCAAAUGUUGUCGUUCGCACAGCCAGUUGUGCAGUGGGCAUCGGUCUGCCUGUAUACUCCACUUACAGGGCUAUUGAAAAGAAAGAUCAAGAUGAGAAAGAACGGCUGCUCCUUUAUUGGGCAGCAUAUGGAUCUUUUAGCAUUGUGGAAUCCUUUGCUGAUAAGCUUGUUUCAAGUGUUCCUCUCUAUUACCAUGCGAAAUUUGCUGUCCUUAUAUGGCUCCAGUUUCCUUCAAAUGGUGGAUCAAAGCAUGUGUACAGAAGAUACCUGCGCCCGUUUUUCCGGAAGCAUCAAGCAAAAAUUGAUAGAAUCCUGAAUAUUUUGUCCAAGGAACUUACGAAGUUUGUGAGCAACCAUGAAGAUGAAAUUCGUUUUGUAGAGAACAUGGCCAUCAGGGGUGCUACAACAGCAAGUUACAUUGUAAAUGGGCUUGACCAACCUGGACAAUCAGAAGAAGUUAGCGUGACUGAAGACCCAAAUUCAACUCCAACAGAAGAGCCAGACACACCUAGGAGUUGAAACCUGAGCUUGGUUGCCACCCCGCAAGAUGUGUCUGAAGAAUUCGGAUCCGUUAGAAAUGUGAAUAUGUGUUUCUGAACAAGUCGGAUACGUUUCAAGCUAUAGGAGUGGAUACUGUCCACUUGUAUUAGAAUACUCCUCGUACUAUGGUGCUACAAAAGUUGCAGCACAAGUUUGUGGGUGACUGUUCGAAAUCGACUCGAGUGUUACAUGCACAUUUAUUUUCAUACGCUGUUGGAUUGCCAA